AUGAAUCGACAAAGAGAGGCCGAAAAGGCGCUCCAUGACCAAACCAAUAUUCUGCCUUUCGGGCAGCUCAUGGUUGUCUUCACUGGUCUGGCAAUCUCCUUGUUAAUUUGCAUGGUAGAUCAAAAUGGAAUCAGUGUCACUUUGCCAACCAUUUCACGCGACCUCGGCGCCCAAAAUACCAUAUCAUGGGCUGGAACCUCUUCGCUUAUUGCAAAUACAAUGUUCACAGUUCUAUACGGUCGACUGUCGGAUAUAUUUGGUCGAAAGAUCGUAUAUCUCUCCGCCUUAGUACUACUCUGUAUUGCAGACUUGCUGUGCGGCUUGUCACAGAACCCAGCAAUGUUUUAUGUCUUCCGAGGCUUGGCUGGUGUUGCUGGCGGUGGUGUGACUUCUUUGACGAUGAUCAUUGUCUCUGAUAUCGUGACCCUCGAGAAGCGAGGUAAGUACCAAGGUAUCCUGGGUGCAUCUCUAGGUGUUGGUAAUAUCAUCGGGCCAUUCCUGGCUGCUGCAUUCAUUAUGCGUUCAACGUGGCGCGGCUUCUUCUGGUUGAUUUCUCCAUUGGCUGCUUGCUCCGCGGUUGUCGGAUACUUCCUUAUCCCGAACAAUGCAGGAAAGGGAAGUUUCCGGCAAAAUGUCGCUCGCAUUGACUGGUUCGGUGUGCUUGCAUCAUCCAUUGGUAUUAUCUUCCUUUUGAUCCCUAUCUCAGGUGGUGGUUCAUACUUCCCAUGGGACUCACCUAUGGUCAUCAGUAUGCUUGUGAUCGGAAGUUGCGCAUUUGUUGCAUUUCUUCUAAUUGAAUGGAAAGUUGCUACAUUACCAAUGCUUCCAGUGGCCUUUUUCAAAAACAAAGUUGUCUCUGCGAUCUUCCUCCAAAGCUUUUUGUUUGGCGCGGUCUACCAGGCAAAUCUAUACUACCUGCCACUGUACUACCAGAACGCCCGUGGUUGGUCACCCAUUGUUUCAGCAGCGAUGACAUGUCCGAUGGUUGCAGCCCAGUCAAUCUUCUCAAUCACAUCCGGACAGUACAUUUCCAGAAUGAAACGCUACGGCGAAAUAAUCUGGAUCGGUUUCGGCCUUUGGACCUUGGGCUCGGGCUUGAUGCUAUUGUUCGGCAAUCACACUCAUCCAGCCGUGAUUGCAGUCAUUGUGGCAAUCAUGGGCGCUGGAAUCGGCUUCACCUUUCAACCAACGCUCGUCGCUCUCCAAGCCCAUUGCACGAAAUCGCAAAGAGCAGUUGUAAUCGCGAACCGCAACUUCUUCCGCUGCAUGGGGGGUGCAUGUGGUCUGGCGAUAUCAGCUGCAAUUUUGCAAGCGACGCUUCGAUCCAACCUGCCAACAAAGUUUGCGUACUUGGCAGAAUCUUCCUACUCCCUUCCUUCAAGAUCAAAUCUCAGCGCCUCGGAGUGGGCAUCAAUACUUCUUGCCUAUAGUAAUGCUUCCCACGCAGUAUUUAUCCUCCAAGUUCCGCUUAUCGGAGUGUGCUUCCUUGCAUGUGGAUUUGUGCGCGAUAGAGGCCUAGAGAGACCAAAGGAACCCGAGGAGAUUGAAGAAGAAAAGAGAAAGGCUGAAGAGGAGAGAGAUGCCGAGGCGGCUACUAUGGAAGAGCCCGAGGAGUCUGUUAUUCAUCCGCCGCAUGAACAGGUUGAGAAGCGUUCCUCAGUGUCGACACUCGCUGAAUCCUCGAUGCCACCUUCUCGUACGGAGCCUAAUAACGACAAUUUGGAGAAAGAGAAGCAUUCCAACAAAUAG